AUGGACAGUGCUAUCACCCUAUGGCAGUUCCUCCUUCAGCUCCUGCAGGAGCCGCAGAACAAGCACAUGAUCUGCUGGACCUCUGACAACGGGGAGUUCAAGCUUCUGCAGGCGGAAGAGGUGGCUCGGCUCUGGGGGAUUCGUAAGAACAAGCCUAAUAUGAACUACGACAAGCUCAGCCGAGCCCUCAGAUACUAUUAUGUAAAGAAUAUCAUAAAGAAGGUGAACGGUCAGAAGUUUGUGUACAAGUUCGUCUCUUACCCGGAGAUUCUGAGCAUGGACCCGAUGAAGGUGGGCAGGAUUGAGGGGGACUGUGAGGCCCUGAGCGCCGGUGAGGUGGGCGGCUCCCGGGACGCGGAGAGCGGAGGGAAGGAGCGGCCCCCGCAGGCCGGUGCCAAGGCCUCCAGCCGCAACGACUACAUCCACUCCGGCUUGUAUUCCUCGUUUACCCUCAACUCUUUGAACGCUUCCAAGAGGAAGCUCCUCAAGUCUAUAAAGAUGGAGAACCCCGCCGAGAGACUGGCAGAGAAGAAAUCUCAGAAGCCAGCACCGUCCGUCAUUAAAUUCGUAACAACGCCUUCCAAAAAGCCACCGGUGGAUCCUGUCGUCGCUGCCCCCGUUCCAGCGGGCGCCGGUGUUUCCCCAUCUCCGGAAGAGACUCUCCAAGUGCUGGAGACGUUGGCGUCCCCCUCCCUGGAAGCCCCGGCCUUUCCCAGCACACCCGUCCCGUCCCCUUCCUUCCAGGAGCCCCCGAGAUCACCCUCCCCGCCGCUCAGCUCCAACCCAGACAUCGACACGGACAUCGACUCCGUGGCCUCGCAGCCCGUGGGGCUGCCGGAGAGCUUGGCGCUGGAGCCCAGGGACCAGGACUCGGCCUUGCCGGGAAAGGACAGAACAAACAGCUCAUCCAGAUCCAAGAAGCCCAAGGGGUUGGAGCUGGCCCCCAUCCUCCUGAUCACGGGCAGCGACCCCAGCCCCCUGGGCCUCCUGAGCCCCUCUCUCCCCACAGCGUCCCUGACGCCAGCACUGUUCUCACAGACGCCCAUCUUACUGACUCCCAGCCCCUUGCUCUCCAGCAUCCACUUCUGGAGCACCCUCAGCCCUGUCGCUCCCCUCAGCCCAGCCAGGCUGCAAGGUGCUAACACGCUUUUCCAGUUUCCUUCUGUUCUGAACAGUCAUGGGCCGUUCACUCUGUCUGGCCUGGAUGGGCCUUCCACCCCUGGCCCCUUUUCCCCAGAUCUACAGAAGACAUAA